CGUUUACCGGAAUGCAGCGCGGCUUAAACUGAGAAUGUGAUUGGCCAAUGUAGUUUCGUUACAGGAAGUGAAAAACCGGAUUAAAUUUGCCGACAGAAAAUAUUGCUCAUGCUUCUCUGCUGUUGAACUGCAGUCCAAUGGCUGGCAGAAGAAUCGUGGUCUUCCCCUCAUCAGCGGAGCUUGGCCCGGUGCUGGCUCACCUGGUGACGUCCCGGGCUGAGAAGGCCGUAUCGUCCCGUGGCCGGUUCUCCCUGGGUCUUUCCGGAGGCAGCCUUGUGUCCAUGCUGAGCAAGGAGCUGCUCGCCCUGCCGGACUUGGACUGCAGUAAAUGGGUUGUGGGGUUCUGCGAUGAGCGGCUGGUUCCCCCUGAUGACCCUGAGAGCACCUAUGGGCUGUACCAGAAUCAGUUGUUCUCCAAGAUCAACAUCCCUGUCACUCAGAUUUUGACCAUCAACUCAUCUCUGCCUGUGAACGAGUGUGCUGAAGACUACACCCGCCAGCUGAAGGAGGCCUUCCCGGACGAUAGCAUACCCGUGUUUGACUUGCUGCUGUUGGGAAUGGGGCCUGAUGGACACACCUGUUCUCUCUUCCCAGACCACCCUCUCUUGGAGGAAACCGAGAAGAUUGUGGCCCCGAUCAGUGACUCUCCCAAACCACCACCACAGCGUGUGACUAUGACAUUUCCAGUGGUGAACUCUGCCCGCUGUGUGGCUUUUGUAUCAACAGGGGGAAGCAAAGCACCCGUGUUGAAGGAAGUGCUAGAGGGUAGAGAAGGUCCAGCAUUCCCGGCAGCCCGUGUCACUCCCACCGAGGGAGAGCUCUUCUGGCUCAUUGAUGACCCAGCAGCUGCCUCACUGACCAUCCAGGUAGAGAGGCCAGGCUCAGGAGCUAAACUGUAGAGCUCUCCAUCCACAGGAAACUUUGGAGGUCUGGUUCAAGACAAUGGGAGAGAUACAUUCCUGUUUUUACCAGAAGCGUUAAUACUUCACGUUGGCUCUUUGGGUAUGGAAAAAAAAAAGGAGAAUAGCGGGGGUAAAUACUAAGGAGGCAAGUGUAAUGUGUAGUGCUGGUGUUUCAGUGCAGGAGGGACUUAUUGGAGGUGCAUUGGAUGUGUGUGUGUUUAUGUGUGUCUGUCUGUCUGUAGCUGUCUAACAACACAACCUGUCUGCAAAGUUAAGGAAAUGAUGUCUUAAUAAAUAUAUAAAGGUCA